AUGUGUUCAAUUCCGUUAAGAGAAAAUCAUCCAGAAGAUAAUUAUACAACAAGAUGUCUGAAAGGGAUAUCCGAGACGUCAAAUACGGUUACUUAUGUAGCACCAAGUAACUCAAAUUGUCGUGACCGCUAUAGUACAGAUGUUAAAGAAGUGGAAAAAAUGGAAAACAUUAUUCAAAAAAAAGAUGAUCUUCUGCCUUCGAAUUAUCUUGAUAACAAGAUUUUUGGAUUGUUAGUACCUGCGUUGGAAGAGACACUUAUCGAAGCAUCUAAACAGAAUGUUCUACGGGUUCAGAAAUGUCGUUUCAACGGUCUUGAUUAUAUAGCAGAAAUUCUAUGGAAUCGUAAUCCACGUCGUUCAAAAAUAUUUUUAUCACCUCUAAACGUAUUCGAGAUACCCUCGUUUAAAGAAUAUUUGCGCCUACAUCCCAGACCUUAUUAUCCAAAGUCUUGGUUAUGGUCUGAGGAUGAAGCAGCAUUAUACAUACAAAGAUAUGUUCGUGGUUGGCUUGUGAGAAAAUGUUCAGAUGUCCAAGAAAUGAGGCAAUUUUGGAAGGAUUUUGCAGCUAAACGUAUUUUUGAUAAAAAGGAGAGAUGUAUUGUUCAAUCCCAAAGACUUUCAAAUCAAAUUCAGAAUGAUAUAAAACAUACGAUAAUUGAUGAUAAUUUGAUUCGUUGUGAAAAAUAUCGUUUAAUGACUUAA